AUGGAGGAACAACAUUCUAGAGAUCACACUUUAGACACUGACAAGACAUUACUAACAUUGCAAACUGAACUCACUACUACUCUAAACCUCCAUGCAAAAAAGAAAACUAACUUCAAAAAACACACUUACUACACAUGGGGGGGAGGGGGAAAGUUGCUGGCACAGGCUUUGAGACAGGGUAAACAAUCGACCUUCAUAGAGGGCAUUAGACUUCAAAAUGGGAAAUACACUCAAUUGAUGCCUGAGAUCCUGAAGGCAUUCACAGAAUACUAUACAGGGCUCUACAACCUCCGUGAGUCACCUCCCAACCCCUCAGAAAUACAAAACUUCCUCAGAGGAAGAAUCAAACGCACACUACCGGCAAAUUAG